GCUGUUUCACUAUCUGUCAAAUUUCCCUUUCUUAGGUUGGCAACGCCAUUCAUACUUCGACCGAACUUAGUUGAAGUUCCUCUGCGAAUGGUAGGCAUCUUGCCGCGGUGCAGGGGCUGAGGCGCAAGGCAUACUCGGUAUCCCCCAGCCGGUGUGAAUGGUGCCGAAGGGCACUGCUCAGGCAGGAUGUCGGGUACCGCAUGCGUGCGUCAACCAAGAGCUACCACCUCCUAAUCCAGGGUGUUAUGCGACUCCCGUGCCCAUUGGAUGAUUUGCAGCCAGGAGGUAAAUUCGGCUGUAUUCGAACGGAGCCUCCCCAACACCGGGCCGAAUUGGGGAGUAACUGUGGCCUUACCGCGUCAGGGGGCUCUGGCGUGGCGGACCUCCUAGUUCCCCAUUAUAGUAGUAGACCCGACAGCUCACCAUGCUGAGCCAAGGGUCGUAAGACCAAGAUGAAUCAGCACAAAACAACCACAACAACAACAACAAACAACCCAACUACAAGGCAACGACCCAGGACAACGACCACGGACAAAGAGCAGGCAAGCAGCGUUGGCAAAGAGGGUCAGGGAGCUAAGCGGAAAAGGCGCAGAAGAGGUGGGCAACGCCCUCUCCCAGCAGCUGGAAAGCCCGGCGGGUGUGACGACCCGCACAGGAAGGGUAUGAGUGGUGCCAGCAUGAAGUGGUACCUGCGUUAUCUUCGGGAUGGGAAGACUCCCGAGGAGGCGGAAGCUUCAGUAAGAGGACGGAAGGAUGGGAGCAAUGCAUCCCCAGCAAAGAAGCGCAACAGGGCCGUGUCAGCUCGCACGCAAGGCAGCGGCACUAGAAACCGAGGCCCGGUCAGCACAACUAGGACCGCAAGGCGUGGUGACGGAAGGGCAGCGCCCAAGGACACCUACGCCCAAACUGCGAAGCGGAAAAGCGGCCAGCUCACGCCGCAGGAGCCCCCCAGUUCCAAAAGGAUGAAGGGUGGCAGCACCAGGGAAGCCGGAAGUCAACCAUCCGUACCAGCUCCACACCGGGAGGAGGAGGGGAGGCGCAGAUAUGCGGAUACUGUUAAAGUCAUCCGCAUGGCUGUACUUCCUCAAGACUACCCGGCGCGGUUGCUCGGAUCGGAGGAACUUACCGCGCUCCAGGACAUCAUUAUGUCAACACAGAAUAUUCCCACAGAUAAUUGGGACCCCAUUCUGGUAAAUAUAUGCACAGCUGCAUUACCAGAAAAAUCGUUACUUCUGUGGGAGCAAUCGCUCUCAUCGCGAAGAAAGUGCCCAACGUGGCAGCAAAUGAAAGAAUUUCUUACUACCCAAUAUGAAAUCGCAGAAAGGGUAGAUAAAAAACUAGUCAGAACGAAAAACGUUCAAAACGACCUCAAUAGAAGCUUCAAUAGACCCCAAGCAAGUAGUCACAAUAAUUUAAAUAGAAGCUUUUUUUAAAAUCAAUCGUUCACUUCUGAACAAUAUAAGCAAACGUCAUACGAACUUUGUAGAGGAGGUCACAAACUAAAAUCAUGCGAAAAAUUCAAAAAAAUGAAUGUUAGCGAUCGAAACAAUUUCGUAAGAACGAAAAAAUUAUGUACAAACUGUCUGUCACAUGCGCAUACGCUUAAAGAUUGCGAAAGCAAAUUUAAUUGCGUUUACUGCCAUAAAAGACAUCAUUCUAUGUUACAUAUAACAAAUUUUUCCAGCUCACCCCCAAACAAUGCAAACGUAAAACGAGCAACAGGAUUAGUUGCCACAACAAAUCCUGAAAACUGCCAAGAAGCACCAUGCUGCUCAAAGGCGAUGAAAACCCAAACGCUACAUAGCGAAAACCACAGUAGGGUACUAUUACCCACAGCAGUUGUCUCCAUCGAACACCGAGGAGAACUGUUCAAACUCAGAGCCUUAAUAGACCAAGGAUCACAACGAUCAUUUAUAGCGUCUAGGGCACAAAACAGGCUUCAGUUGCCAACAAAACUGGCCAAUUUUGAAAUCACGGGAAUGGGCGGAAGAGUUGUUCAAAACUCAAAUAAAA